GUCUUACUCUGGACCAAAACCUCUCGAUGGGUCCGUUGGGUCCCCAGUCGCCGAUGGACAUAAAACCUGACGCGUCCACACUCCAGUUCAGUCCGCAGGGUCCUAAUAGUCCUGGAUCGUUUUCGUUGGGCCAUGCGAACUUGCUCAGUCCUUCGCCGGGGGGCCCUAAAGGGGUGCCCAAUUCGCCGUAUCCUCCCAACCAUCCCCUGAGCGGGUCCAAGCAUUUGUGCUCGAUUUGCGGGGACAAGGCUAGCGGAAAGCAUUAUGGAGUAUACAGUUGCGAAGGAUGCAAAGGAUUUUUCAAAAGGACCGUCAGGAAAGAUUUGUCUUAUGCUUGCCGGGAGGAGAAAAAUUGUUUAAUUGACAAGCGACAAAGAAACAGAUGCCAGUACUGUCGUUACCAAAAAUGUCUUGUGAUGGGAAUGAAGCGGGAGGCGGUUCAAGAAGAACGGCAAAGGACGAAAGACAGAGAUGCCUCCGAAGUUGAAUCGACGUCUAGUAACCCUAAUGAAAUGUCCAUAGAGAGGCUUCUGGAAGCCGAGAAGAGAGUGGAAUGUAACGAUCCACCCGUAGCUUUGGAGAAUGCUGUCACGAACAUUUGCCAGGCCACCAACAAACAGCUGCUGCAGCUGGUGGAAUGGGCAAAACUGAUACCGCAUUUUACUUCUCUGCCCGUUUCGGAUCAAGUUUUACUCCUUCGGGCGGGCUGGAACGAAUUGCUCAUCGCUUCUUUUUCUCACAGAUCGAUGCAGACUCAAGAAGGCAUUAUUCUCGCCACCGGACUAACAAUCAAUAAGUCCACCGCUCAAGCCGUAGGAGUAGGGAAUAUAUACGACAGGGUGCUUUCUGAACUUGUAAAUAAGAUGAAGGAAAUGAGAAUGGAUAAAACUGAGCUAGGGUGCUUGAGGGCAAUUAUUCUUUAUAACCCAGAUGUGAGGGGCUUGCAAUCCACUCAGGAAGUAGAAAUAUUGAGGGAGAAGAUAUAUGAAAACCUGGAGGAAUACACGAGAACCACUCAUCCGAACGAGCCAGGCAGAUUUGCCAAACUUCUGCUUCGUCUUCCGGCAUUACGAUCGAUCGGUUUGAAGUGUCUGGAGCACCUGUUUUUCUUCAGACUAAUUGGAGAUGUAACCAUUGACACAUUCAUUACUGAAAUGCUGGAAAACCAGUCGGAUACUUAGCUUUUACAGUAAUUUCCCUCCAACUGUUGUCUGUCUUUCCCUUUAAUUUAUCUUUACGAAACUGUGAUUUAUUAAUAAUUGAUUUCGAUAUAUUUUUUGGAUAGUGGUAUUAUUAGCUAUAUUUUUAUUUUCAUCCCAAGGGUGUUGAUUGUUUGGAAAAAGUUUUUUUACGAAGACGAAAAAUAUUUGAUCGCUAGCUUUAAGUUUGAACAUAAUUGGUCGGUAUUUAAGAAUUGCAAUAUUUAAAUGUAAUAAUCGGAUUGAAGGAUAGUGCGAGAUUUCAAUGGUUGCUCAAAAUGAAUCUCUUCCAGAUACUGAAGGAUUGGUUACUAUUGUAUUUUUUUGUAAAUACGCUUUGGGUUGUUAUAGUGUGAAUUAUUCAAAUUAUUACAUAUUCAAUUGAUAUUUAUUCAGUUAUCUGUGCGUUUAUAUUUGGGAUGACUACAAAGAUUUUUUAUUAUUCAAAUCUGUCUGUUUAAAAUCUGUUU